UUCUGCAGUGUAUGUGUAGCUGGGAUAUAGUAUACUGAGUGUGAACAUUCUCAAAACUGUAUUGUAUAUAGUUUAUUUUAUUUUUUUUAUUGUGUAAAUUUAAUUUUUGUAAAACUAAGGUUCCACAUGUCACUGUUGAAGUGAGGCAUUAAUCAGUGUGACACCACUUGUAAACAUGCUGCAUGUGUGGGGGUUCCCAGCCAGUGCUGCAUGGACUCCACACUGGUGAGGCACACUCUCUGUAGCUCCUCUCCCUGUAUUAAAUUAUACGCUUAAAUUUGGUGUAUUUUUCUUUAAUAAGUAUUAGUUCUUUUGGGUUAAAGCUCCCAAAGUGUUUUUGAUUACUUUGAACGAAGAAAAUAGUAAUUGGAACUGCCUUUUAUCUGUUACACCAUCCGUUUAUGUGUUCCUUACUUGUGCUAAACAGGGAUGAGCAGAGGCGUGCUGUUGCUGUGUGACACUGAUUUUGCUGCUCCACUUUGUGUUUUAGAAAUAAAUCCAGUUUCCAGCCAGUCUGUGUCUGUCGUCACAACGCAGUCAACCGUUUGAAAUCUGCUACAUAAAAGUGGUGCCAUGACCCGGAUCCAUCUGAUCAGCCACUGCCGAUCGCUGAGGUUGAGCUGAACACUUCUGACACCUGUGAUAUCAGCAAAAUUAUCUUGUGGAUCCUUUUGAAAAAAAUCCUCAGUGUUUUGUUAGUAGACAUUUCUCCAAGACACAUGUGUUAGAGUUUAACUGGGCUACAUUUACAUGUGUUGUAUUUUCCUGGGUGAUAAGCACUUUCGUAUUUUUCCUGUUUCCAAUUAUUUUUGUAGUUAUUGUUAAUUUCCUGUGAGUAACAUGACUGGUAGGGGCCAAGGCUCGUUUAACCUUUUCACACCAGUUGCUGGGAGAGGUUGGAGACUGUCUGGGGCAGAUGAAGUUAGGGACAGGUCCAUAAUGUCUCAUGAUGAGCCAUCAGAAUCAGAUGACAUUAUUCAAAAUAAUGCUCAUGGGCGCCAGUUUUCAACCCCUGCUUUGAGUGAUGACAGCACACACAAGGAGCUACGUGAGCUUAUUGGUGAGCUGGGGACUCAGAUAGGUGAAUCAAUCGCUAGUCGGUUAUUAUCCAGUCAAGUCCCGCUUGGUCCAAACCAGACAGCUCCAACUGAGUCUCCCAAAGUUAAGGGCCCUGAUACCACUCUCGACUUCUCCAAAAUGAACCUAGUGGUCAGGCAAGAUAUCAAAGACCCACCUAUGUACCGAGGUGAUGACGCAGAUAAGUACUCUGUUCAUGAGUGGAUAGAUAUGAUGGAAGUGUAUUUGCAGAAGAGAGGUUUGUCUGGAGCCAUGCAAGUGGAUGAAAUCUUGAACCAUCUCCUCGGCAGAGCUAAAAACAUUGUUAGGGUGGGUUUGAAAAGCAACUCAUCUUCUGGUGCGGUGACCAACCCUGAGACCAUCUAUGCCAUACUCAGGCGUUAUUUUAGUGAGAGCCCUGGUUCUUGUCAACCAUUGGCUGACUUCUAUGCCACCCAACCAGUUGCAAAAGAAACACCAGUAGACUAUUGGGUGAGACUUAAUAUCACAGCUGAAGCAGCUGAUAGGCACUUACAGCGCCAGGGAGGCAAAAUGGAGAACAUGGAGGCAGAAAUAGCCAUGAUGUUUAUCAGAAACUGUCCUGAUCCCAGCCUCGCCUGUGUCUUCAAAUGUAAGCCCAUUAGUAAGUGGUCAGUAAUGGAAGUUCAGGAAGCCAUUGAUGAACAUCAAAGAGAGUGCCAUGUAAAAAAGAAGAGUCUGAGCUCUGCCAGACCACAUCCCCUCCUAGUGGCCACUGCAACAACCACAAGUGAAUCACCUGAAUUUGAACUGAACCAUGCCCAAGUAGGUACAGUAAAGUGUUCCCAAGAUAACCCGGUUAAGACCGCUGGAGUUGUCGCUUCAGAUUCAAGUGCUCUAGACCGCGUGCUCAGUAUGCUAGAGAGGGUGCUAGAGCGCACUAACCAGCCUGCCCCUCCCGUAAUCAAACCACAGCCUCCAGUUUCAGCCAGGUUCCCUUCAUGCCAGGUUUGUGGUAAUAGCUCACACUCUACACGCACUCACUGCAUGAGAGAAAGGAGAUGUCUAGGUUGUCUGGAGGUUGGGCAUCAGAGAAAAGACUGCCCCAGAGCAACUGAGCCCAUUACUCAACAAAGCAGUCCCCAGGGAAACUAGGAUGCUUGCACUUGAGAGGGGACAGUGUGAGCGAGGAGUGUGAGUCCCUCAAUCCCAGUGAUGACAUACAGACUGUAUACAAAGAAAGCCUGAAGUGUGCUCCACCUGGUACUGUUGUACUUUCCCAGAACAUAGUAAGACUUGAUGAAGCAGACAGCCUGUUUUACACGAAUGCAUUGGUGAAUGAUAAAGUCUCUUUGCAGGCUCUUCUUGAUACAGGUUCCAUGGCGUGUACUUUGAGCGAAGAGGCGGAGCAAGAAUUAAAGAGCGCUGGGGUUGCACUGGAAUUAAGCGACAUUCGCACUGACAUUAUGCUAGUGGGCUGUGGUGGAGUUCAGGUUAAACCCAAAUGUAUAUGUGAGCUGGAGAUGGAGGUUUAUGAUUGCACGUUCAGAGUGCCCGCUCUAGUGGUCCCUGGUCAGAAAGAUCAGUUAAUUUUGGGGACAAAUGUCAUCAAACACCUUCUCAGACACUUCAGGCUGUCUCCCCAUUUUUGGCAAGUCCUGAGUAAACCCGAAUCAGCAGAAGCACCCGAGAUAGUACAGUUUCUGAAUAUGCUGUCUGGCAUUAAUAGGUGGAGAGGUGACAAAAUGCCAGAUGUCAUUGGCACUGUCAAACUAGCUCAGGCAGUGACUCUACUCCCCAAGCAAGAACACCUUGUAUGGGGCAGACUGCCAGCAUCAUCACCCCUCUCUGAGGGCAGUGCCAUUCUGAUUGAACCACCAAAAUCUCAGACUCAUAAGAAAGGUGUCAUUGUCUGCAGAACUGUGGUUUCUAUGAGUGGCGAUAGGUGGGUCCCUGUUCGAAUCCUGAACACCUGUGAUAAACCUAUCACACUGAGACGAAACACUAAGGUGGCAGAUGCCUCCACUUGUGUAGCUGUUGAAGAUCUUGAAGUGGCCUCUGAUCAAAAUCCAGGUGAGACACUUAAAGUCCAGAGCCAGACAGUGUGUAGCGACACACAUAGCAGCUCUCCCUCCUGUUCUAGCUUUCGUGACAGCCUGCAGAAGGUGGGGUUGGAAGAUUUAGAUCUGGACUCUUGUGAAGUCUCAGACCACUGGAAGGCACAGGUACUACAACUGAUCCACAGAUAUGAGGAUGUUUUUUCCAAGAGUAAACUAGACUGUGGGCUGGCAAAGGAUUUUGUCCAUCGCAUCCACCUGUCUGAUGACCGGCCAUUCAGACUUCCCUAUCGACGCGUCCCUCCAGGGCAGUAUCACAAGUUGCGACAGGUGCUCACA